AUGCACAUCCCUAGUUCACAGCAGCAAGGCUACCAAAAGCGCAAGGGCACACACGGGCCUGGGUCUGUCUACAGUGAAUACAGAGCUAGCCUUGCAUUUGAUCUCGUUAGCAGCCGUCAGAAAAAUGCGUACACAGAUUACAGUGAUUCUGUUUCCAGGAGAAUGGGCUUUAUUCCUCUCCCGUUGGCUGUUUUACUCAUCAGGGUGGUUACCAGUUCCGUGAAAGUCCAAGGCGUCUUGGCUUGUGCUUGUGUGGUCCUCUUCUACUGUGGGUUAAUCUCGCUCAAAGUCCUGAACAGCAUUGUGCUGCUGGGAAAGUCGUGCCAGUACGUCAAAGAAGCAAACAUGGAGGAGAAGUUGUUCAACCCCACUCCCGCCAGCGCCCCCGGCAAGCCUCUUGGCAAACAGCACAGCAAACACAAGUCCCCCCAAGAUGAAAACUUGUCUGCGUCUGUGACCAGCCAGCCGGUGCACCCGAAGGAGAACGCCGCACCACGGCUUGUGACGAGCAGCUCUGAUCAGUUCCUGACCACUCCUGACGGGGAUGAAAAAGAUAUUGCCUCGGACAAUUCAGAGUUAAAACACAGAUCUGCAAAGAAAGAUUUGCUGGAGAUCGACAGGUUCACAAUUUGUGGAAACAGAAUUGACUGAACUUUUGUAAAUAAGAUGUGCUGAGGAUACUGAGCUGUUGGAACAGCAAAUGGAGGGACACUUGCCAAACAGGCACUUAAAAUAUUUAUUUAAAGAUUAAAUUAUUAACGACAACCCUAUUAUGAUGAAUAACUUGGCUUGAGGACCGGUCAGGUUUCAGCUCUUGGAGUUUUUGGAAAAUGUGAUGAGUUUGGAGAGCUCUUCAGCUUGGCAGAGGUACAACCUCGCUUCCUUGGAGGGGGGAAAAUUAAAUUCGUUUAUGCUCUUUCUGAACUGUGCUUCCAGAAUGUGUCACGUUUUGCCGAGAUCCCUUCAUCAGAAGGUUAACUUUGGAAAUGCAUUUGCGUCUUUAACAAGAAGCACCACUUUCUACUGGCUUUCACAUGCAGCUCCAAAUUCUUCGCCUGCCAUGAGCCUUUUUCUUCUUCUUCCAAACUUCCAUUAGAAUAAAACAAUCAAGAUAUUGCCACCAGAAGAUAGUUUGCAAUGUAUUUCAGAUAAUCCAAAUAAAUUAUCCUCAAAUGAAAGAUUUAAUGCAUAAUAUUUUCCUCUAAAUAUUAAGCCAGCUACUGGAAAAAAAAUCAGAAAAAGUGAGUCGUAGAAUAUGCCCAUUGACUAGGCAAGUAGAGCUUUUUUCUUUCUCUCCAAUUUGCACUGUUAUUUUAGAAGCGAAAAACUAAAUGACUUUAUGAAAUGUGAACACAUCUAUGUUUGAGGGUGGGAGGGGCACAGUGUGGUGCAGGAUUCCAGUUGGCACAUAAGCGUUUUACUUGCAGCCAUGAGCCCCUGUGUCAAAGAAACCGUGUCUGCAUUUUGUGUAUCAAGAAUCAGCUUUACAUGAGUGUUUUUCUCAGCUUGGAUGACGGCACAGGGCUGAAAACAGGAGAAGCCUGGAGUGGAAGGGGAAUAAUAGGGGUGGGUGUUUAAAGUAGAAUGAAUGUAGCUUUAUUAUGAAGUGUUUGGGCUUUGAAGUAUACAGCAGUUUGUACUUUGAGGUAUCAAAAUCACUGGAGGAAUGGCAAAGAGGUGCUCUAGAAGAGCGGAAAAGGAAUAUUUGACAUUUUAGCUGGGUGUGAGACAGGGUGCCCUGUUACUGGGCACUUUGACAUACGUGCAACUGUGGCGUUUUACAUGCUGAAUGAUUUGCAGAUCUUAGUCAGUUUAGUAGCAAUCACAGAGUGGCCAAGUAAAAAAGGAAAAAUAUGAAAGUGUUAAAAUUCCAGAUCCAUGUUUAUUCCUCAAAAGACACCGAUUACUGUUACCGAGAUGAAUGUACAGAAAUAAUGUCCUGAUGGAGCAGUCUCUGAAAAUAAAAGUUAGGCCGGUACUCUCUGAUCCGAGAGGUGUGUUUCUUCCCCCUCUUACCUGCAUCUGCCUCCCUUCAGUCGGAGAAGCGUUAGGGGGAGCCGGGGGAACUUCGGAUAUAGGGCAGGGAGACGUUUAUUUUGGAUGUAUUUUAUUUUGAUAAAAUUUGACUCAUUAAAAUUUAAUUCAAGUAUUUGUGAAUUUGAUGUAGUCUAAUUUUUGUUUAACUGUUGCUCAAAGGAAACGUGGAAUGAUCCCCCCCCCCGUUAAAUGAUAUUCUGUACCAAUUUUAUA